AUGAAGCGGGUCCCCAGUCUCCCCCCCGACCCCCAUCUGCUGCCACGACGGCUGCCUCAGAAGUGGCCGCCCAAGGACCCCGACGCCGACGGCGACGAUACCACGGGAACCAGCACCCCGAAACGGCCCAACUCGCUGGCGUUCGAGGUCGUCGCCAGCACCCCGUUGUUCCACCUGCAACUGGUGCUGUUUCUGUCGCCGAUGGCGAAGCUAAACAACUUGCAUUUGGAGCUGGAGGUGAUUGAAGAGGGGCACGACUCCGGCGACUCGUUUGUCGCCGCCAACCAGACGAUUAACGACGAUGACGACAGUGACGACAGUAGUGACAGCUCCCGGCUGGAGAUAUUGAUUGAUACUCCACCGGUAUUCACUCGCAAACGGAUGAUGGACGACCUGGACGCGCUGAUGUUGCACCACACCCCUGCCACCAGCGCGCUGGGGGGCGAAGGGCUGUGUUACCUGCUUAAACUCUCGUUUAGCGACUCCACCCCGUGUCCUCAGCCAUUAAAAGCGAAAGGCUACGGACGCAAACGGCUUAAAUUUAAGCCUGACGAAACCCAGAGUGAACUGGAGUUCACUAUGGACCAUCAUACCCCGACUGUGUCCAAGGCUCACCGACAUCGUUUACUCAACUUACUGCAUCUGGUGAAGACGCCAGCGGGUACCAAGAUCACCGAGAUGGUCGACGAUAUCUCAAUGCUGACUCCCCGUGAAGAAUUACGUUCCAAACCGCUACAAACACCGCUAUCCCAACUGACACCCGCCAACCUGCGACCCAAUCUGCGACCAGGAAGCCACCACGGUACUCCCGAGAAAGCAGCUCCGCCUUUGUCGUCAUCAUCACGCUUUACUACUCCGGCGAUGCCGUCUACUCGUGACGUACCGCUUUCAUACCGGCUUAAACAACUGUAUCAUCGCCAAGACUAUCAGAUCGUGGGUGAGUUCCCCGUGACGCUGGCGGGGCUCAUGGACGAGUCUGAAGAAGGCGUCCACAUUGGCGACAAACGCAUUGUUGCCGAGGACUUUACUGCGGCGCUCCGCGAGAGCUUCUUAUCGCUGACUAACCUCCCCAUUCUCCCGCCAUUAUACUACACUCAAGAUACCCUUAAGGACGGAGAGCUUGCCGAAGUUUUGACAUUUGAGUCGAUCAAAGAGUUCUACGAGACCAUCGCCGGCGACGAAAUGGCAUCGCUCUUGCGGUCGGAGCGGGUGAGAUGGCACCCGGACAAGUGGGUCGGCGCCAACGUCGACCUCGACGUGGUUCAUCAUGUUUCACUGGUUGUAAACAGCUUGUACCAGCAAUUGCACGAGUAG